CCCCACUGGUACACCGACGCGCACGGACGCUCCCCAUUAUGGCCAGCUGCCCAGCUACGCGUACGGCGUACCACACCACCAGUGCAGCACCACACUGACUGGACACAGUAGAGCAGAGUAGAAGAGUCCUCGAGCGGCCAUCACCAAUUCCCCAAGCUAUCUUUUUUUUUUAUGAGCAAGCACCAGGCAUUCCAUUGCCAGUUUGCCACUACAAGUAGUUGCAGCAGCAGCUAAUCAGUCAGCAACUAGGCACCAAACCAUCACUUCACUCCCACCUCUCUGCGCCCUGCACCUGCACAUAGGUACUACGAUCACCACACGCGCACCAAGCCCAAGAACCGUGCGCGCGCCAUGGCCGAGAAGCCGCCUCUGUCGGCCAAGCCUCCCCUGCCGUCCAAGCCGAGGCCUAAGGCGGCGUCGGCGGCAAGGCCGACAACGACGACGCCGGCCCCCGGCAGCAGGCCGGCCGCGUCGCCCUUCAAGAAGCCCACGCUCGCGCCGCCGCAGGUGCUCCCGCUCAAGCCGCCGCCGGCGCACCAGUACCGCCAGCAGCAGCAGCAGCAGCACCCGGCGCCCCCGGGCGGUGCCCGGAAGCCGCGGGCGUACCGCCAGCAGCAGCCGCACCCGCACCGCCGCGGCCGCGGGUGCUCGUGCCGCCGCGCGUGCUGCCUGGCCACGGGCCUCGCGCUGCUCGCGCUCUGCCUGGCGCUGGCCGCCGCCUGCCUGGCCUACCUCUACUACCGGCCGCGCGCGCCGUCGUUCCACCUGCAGCCGCUGGCCCCCGUGCGCCUCCGCCUCGGCAGCAACGCCUCCACCGUGGACGCCACCGUCGGCGCCCGCGUCGUGUCGUGGAACCCCAACGAGCGGGUCGAGUUCCGGUACGGCGACGGCGAGGGCCGCGUCGCGCUGGCCGACCCCGACGGCGACGUCGCGCUCGGGUGGGCCCCCGUGCGGGGCUUUGCCCACGCGCCGCGCCGCGUCGCCGCCGUCGCGUUCGUGGCCACCGCCAGGGGCGUCGUGCUCGACGACGCCGUCGCGGCGCGCGUGCGCGACAGGUACCGGCGGCGGCGGCAGGGGUUCAGGGUGGUCGUGGACGCCCACGUCGGCGUCCGCGUCGGGGCGCUGCGCACGGGGAUGGUGCCGCUCAGGCUGCUGUGCGAUGACGGCGUGAUGGCGCCGCGCGCUGUGGGGUCGUCCGAUGGGGCCGUGGUGGGGCCCAUGACCAAGUGCCAGGUGCUCCUGUUCAGAGUAAGAUGGUUUAGCCUGAACUGAGGGAAAAUCUGGAGCAAGGCAGCUAUAGCUGACCAUCGAGCUGAUACCCAGAGGCGCCGGAGCUGCAGACGCCGUAAAUUAUCUGCAUGUGUUUGCCGACAAGAUGAAGGUGAUUGAUUUGCUACGGACUUUUUGAUUGGUGAUGGAUGCAUGGUCUGAAGACUCCGAAGCACACGUAGAAAACAAAGUUUGUAACUGUAUAUUACACUCCAGGUCCCAAUUCUUUUGAUUGUGUGGUGUAUACAUUAAUACAUAGCAGGAAUGGAAAGAACGAUGGGUGUGUUCCUGUCAGUCGAAAGUUGAAACACAUACAAUUGUUUCUCCAUUGCCUUAAAACUAGUAUUGAGAUGACGACUCUGA